AAUGUCGUUGGCAAAGGAUGCUGGCACUUGCAUUGCAACAUAAGUUGGAUCGGCCAAUCUACCAAACUCAGAGGCGUUAUGGUACAAUGCCACGGGGUCGUAGGCUGAGGAGCGUAGUAUGUGGCAGAAAAAACGAGGCACCACCAAGUGAUGAUAGGCUGUUCACUCAGCUCGCUGAUCCCGAAUCAGAAUGGAUAACCAAAAACUCCGUGGGAAUUCAUGCUCAGAGUACUGUGACGAGAGGUGGACACUAAACUGGAUGAGAAGCUCAUAGAUUUGAUCCACGCGCGAAAAACAUGCACUGUAGAACACUUGCUAGUACGUAGGCAAAAUGUAUUAGUCGAACUUCGGUCCUAUUUCAAGUUAUGUAAUUGACCUUUCCUAUGGACAUGAGGGAGCGGAUACAGUGAAUUGCGUUGGCAUGGACUUGAAAAUUCCUUCGAAGACUUGUGUCAUUAAGGCUCGGGUUGGUAGUAUUAUCGUACU